AUCAAAACAAGUACACACAGUGAUGUGUGUUUAUUAGUGAUAAGUCAGGAAGAGGCAAUACGACAAAUAAAAAUACUGGGAUACCCUAUAUAGUAUAGUUGUUCGACAUUUGUUUAGCCACUUACUGUAAUUUAGUAGGGAAUAUUCGUCAUAUUCAACGUAUUUGCAGUGCUAAACGGUUUGUAAAACGUAGGCCAGCUGUCUCUCUUGUUGUUAGUAGCUGUCUACAGCCAGGCUAGGCUGCUGUUUAUGCUGUUCCCUGUCCUGUCACCGCCACUUUAGAAAUGAAGCUCACGUUGUUUCUAUGUAACUCUUUAAAAGGGUUACCAGCUCGCAUGGAUCAUUAUUCAAGAUUCUCACCAUCACCUCUAUCUAUUAAACAGUUUUUAGAAUUUGGUAUGAAAAGUGCAAAUGAGAAGAAAUCAUUUGAGUUUUUAAGACAGGAGUUACCUGUCCGAAUCUGCAACAUGAUGAAGGAGAUGAACUUGUUACCGGAGAACCUCUUGAAAAUGCCUUCAGUGAAAUUGGUGAAUAGCUGGUACUUACAAACUUUACAAGACCUUCUAGAAUUUGAGGUGGCUGUUAAUAAUUCAAAAACAAGAGAAAGGUUCACCGAAAGCUUGACAACAAUACGAAACAGGCAUGCUAAUGUGGUUGAAACAAUGGCACAGGGAGUGCUAGAAAUGAGGGAAGGAAGGUUGAAUGUGGACACACAUGAAGAAUGCAAUAUACAGUACUUCUUAGAUCGAUUCUUAAUGAGUAGAAUUAGCAUACGAAUGUUAAUCAACCAACACACAUUAGUGUUUGGUACUAACCCAAAUGGUCAUUCGUCCAGACAUAUAGGCAGCAUCGACCCUAACUGUCAUGUUGUAUCAGUAACUCACGAUGCAUAUGACAGUGCCAGAUACCUUUGUGACCAGUACUAUCUAGCUUCGCCUGAGCUUGAAAUCACCACACAAAAUGGGAGUGACCAUACAAGUGAUAUAAAUAUGGUGUAUGUACCCUCCCAUCUCUACCACAUACUGUUUGAGAUUUUCAAAAAUGCAAUGCGUGCCGUAAUGGAGCAUCAUGGUGUCGCUGCAGAAGAAUUCCCAACUAUCAAAGUCAUGGUAACCAAAGGAAAGGAGGAUGUCACAAUUAAGGUCUCUGACCAAGGUGGUGGUAUACCAAGAAGUGUAACAGAUGUAAUGUUUAACUACUUAUACACGACAGCGCCCUCACCACCUAAGCCAGGAACUACUACUAUUCCGCCACUUGCUGGUUAUGGGUUCGGUCUUCCAAUCAGUCGUCUAUAUGCUAAGUACUUCCAAGGGGAUCUGCAGAUAUGUUCCAUGGAUGGGUAUGGAACAGAUGUCAAUAUCUAUCUCAAGAAGUUGUCAAGUGAAGCAAAUGAACUCCUACCAGUGUUUAACAGCAGUACAUCUCGUCACUACAAGAUGCCAGCUGUUACUCAUGACUGGAGCAGAGCCGGCAACAACGUUAGACCCUACCACUCGAUCUACAGAAGCAUGUCACGAUGAACGGCAUUUGUCCCACUAGUACUGUAGUAUUAGGGGUGGGGGAGGGGCCUUAAAAUCCUUAUCAUAUUCUAUCAUCAACCAUUCACACAUACGCAUUUACAAUUUCCAGUUUCUUAUUGGCUAGUGAUUCGAUCAUCAUACUCUUGGUAUCCGGAUCAGGAUUUUCUCGUAUGGACGCACGGCAGCUAACGGUUAGCAGGAUCCGGAUCCUGCUAACCGUUAGCUGCCGUGUGAGAACAUAGGCACUGCUAAUAAAGGUCUGUCCACAAACACAGUUUUAUGUGACUAAUAUGUUAUUUUGCCCAUUUAUGUGUGAAAUGACACCAUGGUAGUACCCCUUUAAAUAAGUGGACUAAAUAUUUGUUACAGAAAACUUAAAAGUGGAGAUAGAGCAUUGCAAACAAAAUUUAGUCAUG